AAAAUAUUAAUGUAGUAGUAAUAAUAAUAGCAAUAAUAGCCGAGAGCAAGAACAAAGGAAAGAUAUGUUUUUGAAGCUAUGAAUCUAGUUAAAUUGUGGAGGUUUAAGAUUUACUUACUCUAAUUAGAUAGAUUUAUGAAACUGAGACAAGAAUUGUAGAUGGAAGAACUGUAAGAAUUACGUUAGAUCAAGCAGCUGAAUUGGUGGGAUGUCCAAGGAAAACACUUGAAGAUUAUUAUUAUCUAUUGAAAAAGGCUUAAAAUUUAAGUAAUUUGCAUAUAAUCUUAUUUAGUUAAUCUCGAGGAGAAAAAAAAUGAAAAGAUGGGUUUUAUAAGGAAGAUUUGUAAAGAAAAUAAAAAGCAGCAAUAAUAAUUAUGGUGGGAAGAAGAAUUUUACCAAAUAAAUUAAUUUUAAAUGGACGAGAUUCAUGAUGAUUGA